AUGUCCCUCUCCCGUGUCGAAAAUCCUUGUUUUCUGCUGUUUCUGUUUGUCUUCCAAGCAAUAUUUAUCCUGAUACUGUACCGAGGUGGACCUUCCAAUGUGUUCCGUGGGUUUUUGGACUCGCAUCAGGUUCUAGAUUACUCAAAAACUCACGAUGUGUAUACAAACCUCAGCUUGUUUACCCAGGCUCCUAAUGAAGAAACGAUGCCAUACUGCUCGGCACAGUCACCGAUAUUUGUGGGUCCAUUAACCAUCACCUUCAGGGUGCUCCCUAAUGAAAGAAUGAUCAUUAAAAAAAAUCCUCUUGUCCAGUCUGGUGGUCGCUACAGGCCACCUCACUGCUUGGCCCGCUACAAAUCAGCCAUCCUUGUAGCCUACAGGAACCAGGAGAAGUACCUGCAACAUCUUCUCUACUAUAUUCAUCCUUUCCUGCAGCGCCAGCAGCUCAGUUACGCUAUCUACUUGAUUCAGCAGGUGGGGAAUGGUACCUUUAACCGAGCAAAGCUGCUUAAUGUUGGUGUCCGGGAAGCCCUGAAGGAUGAAGACUGGGACUGUCUUCUCCUGCACGAUGUGGACCUGGUACCUGAGAACGACUAUAAUCUCUAUGUUUGCGAUGAAUACUAUCCCAAGCACAUGGCUAGUGCCAUGGAUAAGUUCCAGUACACUCUGCCAUAUAAGUCCUUUUUUGGGGGUGUAUCUGCUCUGACUCCAGAACACUACAUGAAGAUAAAUGGGUUUCCAAACACAUACUGGGGCAGUGGUGGUGAAAACGACGACAUUGCUACAAGGAUUCAGUUAGCAGGGAUGAAAAUACUCCGGACAUCACCUCACCUUGGACGCUACAAAGUGAUGGACUACAAUGAAGAGACAGAGCCACAAGAGCCUUGGAGAAGGCCUACUUCCCGACACAACACCAGAAAAACGUGGAAGGACGAUGGAAUGAAUUCAUUAGAGUUCAAGCUCCUUUCCAGGACAAAGCAUCCUCUUUAUACCAACAUCACUGUGGACAUUGGAUAUGUUCCCCCAUUUUCUUAAAAGAAUGAAAACAAGAGCAGAGUUUGGGCUCAGCAUGGCAGCAUGCACGUGGGCAUUCAGCCUCUACCUCCUCUUGUGGUGCGGAAUCUGCACCACCUGAGACUAAUCCUUGUUUUUCACACAUUUCACUUUUCUUUUGA